AUGAUUGUGUUUUCAAGUGGUCUGUUAUUUUUUCUCUUAUGUUUUGUAAAAUGUGAUGAAAGUGUGAUGGACAAUCACUCUCCUAACACAGCAUGGGAACAUGAGUUACGUAAAGAUUUAUUAUUUCGUUAUAAUUCACGUCUACCGCCUGAUGAAAUCAAUACACAAGUUGCUUUAAAGUUUAUAUUGAAGUCAUUCUACUUUGAUGACAAUGAAGAAAUCUUAACCAUAUACACCUGGGUGUUUCUCCUCUGGAAUGAUCCAAGGCUUGCGUGGAAUCCGGAUAGUUAUGAUGGUAUUAUGGAAGUACUCAUUUCAAGUUUUUCAAUUUGGACUCCACGAAUGGAAAUUUAUAGUAUAACCGAUGAAGAUGGUAUCAAUUUUCUCUCAAUUGAUAUAAGAUCAUUGUUAUGUCGAGUAAUGAGCAAUGGACAAGUAACAUGUAUUCCAAGAUUUCUUCACCGAACGGCUUGCAGUUCAAAAUUGAGAGAUUGGCCCUACGAUACUAUGAAUUGCACGUUUAAAUUUGGUUCAAGAUCUAAACUUAACCAUGUUACCUUUACUUUCAAUUCAUCACGUGUUAUGACCAUGCUAGGUGCUGAAUAUGGUCCCGGUUGGAAUAUAAUUAAUUUUUCUAGUGGCGAAGACUCGAAAUCUGCAGUAAAAUUUUACCUCAAUUUUAUCUUGGAGCGACAAGGCGUUGGACUUGCUGCAGUUAUCUUAGUACCUUCACUUUUGUUAUCAAUUUUGACGCUUUUGUGUAUGGUAAUUAAUGUCAAUGAUAAAACUCGUUUAGGUCUCCUAUGUUUUAGUUUACUAAACCAGUUUUCCUUUCUGCGAAAAAUUUGCACUGAUCUACCUAAAAAAAUGUCAGAAAUACCAACAGUUUUGCUUUACUUACGUACUUCAAUAAUUUUGACGUUAUUAGCCAUCGGAAUUACUUAUUUUUUGUGUUACAUUCGUGGAAAAACAAGCCCAGCUCCUAAUUUUAUUGAAAUAUUUAUUCGAAAGAUGACUGGACGGUACGGAAAAUAUUUAAUUUGGCCUAGAUGGAAUGCCAGAGGUAACGACUGUGAUAAUGAACAUGUCGAUACUAAAGACGUUUGGACAGAUUUUGCUAGCAUUACAAAUUUUAUUUUUAUGAUAAUUAUUACAGUAGUUUACACUUCAUCUUUUUUUGCUUUAAUACCUCAACAGCAACCCGAAUCAUAA